AUGCAGUUCUCAACCUUCCUAUUUGCCACUCUCGCGUUGGCUGUCUCUAGUGCUUGGGCCCAGGAUGCCACUACCGAUGAUGUCCCUACCUGCCUGAGUACCUGCCGUGAUGACCCUUAUCCCUGCCAGGGCGGUUGGGUGUCUACACAGCUCGACGUCGAUGAUGAACCCUGCUGGACUUGCUGCUCGAGCUAG